AUGGAGCCAAGCCUGGGACAGCAGCUCAGCAUCUCCAACACAUCCUCCAGCUUCCUCUUCUGCUAUUCCCAGCUGAAUACCCUGCACCAACUGGACCUCAAGCUCUUCCUCACAUGCGCAAGCAGUGGCCCUGGUUCGCCUUCAUCAUUCUGGACAUCGGGGCUCCAGAGGCAAGGGCGCAGCCCGGAUCGUCCGCGUCCUCAGGGCUCCGCUCCAGGCAUCCGCGCGCCCGACGAGGACCAUUCUGCACUCGCCCUGGAGGUCUUCGGGUGCUCGGCCUCGGGCCACACCAGCCGCCUGUGGGCGCAGUUGCGGCAGUUCUGGGCGGACCACUUCUCACGGCGCUUCUCGCCGCGGCGCCCGCCGCUGCGCCGCAUCUCCUCCAUGUCCACCUUCUACUUGCUGGACCACCAGACGCGCCAGGCCGAGCUGGGCCUAAGCUACGGCGCGCCGCGCACGCGCCUCAACGACGAGGCCUUCGUGUUCCGCCGCGGUCGGUGGACGAUUGAGGGCCAGCCGAUACGAUCGCGGCCGCCGCCGCCCUCGCCGAUCAUCUCUGGCUGGAAGGUGCAGCGGGUCAAGAACCAGGUGCUGCUGGAGGAGAACAACUACCUCAAAUUGCAGCAGGAACUGCUCAUGGACAUGCUAACCGAAACCACUGCGCGCAUGCACCUGCUGGAGAAGCAGCUGGAUAACGAGACCAGCCUGGCGACCGGGGCGCGCGCCUGGCAAAGGAAGAUGCGCAAGCGUGAAGGUUCAGGCGGCGUGCUCAUGAUCGAGCCGCGCGCUUCGGGGUCGCGGUGACGCAAUAAAGCCCAUGGGGCGCAUGGGCGUCUUGCUCCUUGCCGCAGGCCUGGGCGCGUACAGGGUGCAGGCCCGGCCUGGAUUGGGCUCGCAGCGGGCGUGGGGCGAGUUGCCUGCCUGCAGAAACCGUCGCUCAUGAACUGGUGUGGACGGGUGGCUCAACCAGCAGCCUGUCUCAGGAGAGUUCGAUAAGGCCCUGGAGGAAGAUCAGUUUGCGGUCCCCUGGGAACGCGG